GAAAGUCCCUCCUCGAGUUUCAGUACAUGUGUUGGUUCAAUACAUUCGUCGGUUCGAAACGUUUGUUAUCUAUCGAGCUUGAUAAUUGCAAAUUAAACGUUUUAUCUGAACGUUGAUCUUGCAGCUGAAAAUUUAUUUCUCCGUGUCUCGGUUUGAAUUGCAAUUGUGGCGUGCCAGUGCGAGAAACGUGAACGAGAACAGUGAAAAAAGAACACGAAUUUUUAUUUUACCGAAAAGGAUUGUGUAUUUCGUGAUUCUAAAUCGAUUUAGAAUCGCUUUAUCGAUCAAGAGAGGAUUUAAGCGCGUUUAAAUCAUGGUGCUGUGGAGGAACGUGACUUCCGGAUUCGAUUUGAAGCAGCUUCUUUUACGGAGGAUACCGAUCCUGGCAUGGCUGCCUCGGUACAGUUUGUCCAAACUUUUGCAAGACGUUUUGGCAGGAUUGACCGUUGGCUUGACUGCUAUACCACAGGGCAUAGCUUACGCAAUUGUGGCCGGACUUCCAGCACAGUACGGCCUCUACAGCAGUUUCAUGGGGUGCUUCGUCUACCUGGUGUUCGGUAGCUGCAAAGACAUCACGGUGGGGCCCACGGCAAUAAUGGCUUUACUCUCGCAAAAUCAUGUUAUAAGACUUGGAGAUGAUAUCGCGGUGCUUCUCUGCUUCCUGACUGGCUGCGCGAUCACGUUCAUGGGACUGCUUCAUUUGGGAUUUCUUGUAGAAUUCGUUAGCAUGCCAGUGAUUUCUGGAUUCACUAACGCAGCUGCCUUGAUAAUUGGAACGUCUCAGCUGGGCACGUUGCUCGGCCUGAAUGGCAGAAGCGAUUCGUUUGUCGACGCGGUUGCUAAAGUUGUCGAUCAUAUAGACAAAGUCACUCUGUGGGACCCUCUGCUAGGUGUCUGUUCGAUGAUCGUGCUCGUUUGUCUCAAGAAAUUACCUGGGAAGAAAACCGGAACGCCGUUGCAAAAAUUCAUGUGGGUAACGUCGUUGGCUAGGAACGCUGUGGUCGUCAUUGUUGGAAUAGUAUUGAGUUAUUCGUUGUUCUCCUACGGUGUCAAGCCGUUCAAAAUUACUGGAAACAUAACGGAGGGUUUGCCACCGUUCUCUCCGCCGCCGUUCUCUCUUGUAAAAGGGAAUCACACGUAUAACUUCGAGGAGUUAAUCGGUGAACUGGGAGGCACUGUCAUCUUGGUCCCGUUUAUCGCAAUUCUGGAGAGCAUUGCUAUUGCCAAAGCUUUCGCCAAAGGGAAGACCGUUGAUGCUAAUCAAGAGAUGCUGGCUUUGGGACUUUGUAACAUUUUCGGGAGCUUUUCUCGAUCAAUGCCAACCACAGGCAGCUUUACAAGGACCGCCGUAAACAACGCUUCGGGUGUAAAAACACCGAUGGGCGGUGUAAUUACCGGAUGCCUGGUGCUUUUAGCGUGCGGCCUUCUGACCUCGACUUUCGAAUUCAUCCCGAAAGCAACGCUCGCUGCAGUGAUUAUAGUCGCCAUGUACUACAUGCUUGAUCUUCAUAUUUUCACCGUGCUUUGGAGAACGAAGAAAAUUGACUUGAUACCUUUGACGGUGACUUUGUUGAGCUGCCUGGCAAUUGGUCCAGAAUACGGCAUGAUUGCUGGGAUCGCGGUAAAUCUAAUUCUCCUGCUCUAUUUCGCGGCCAGGCCUGGCUUAUUGAUCGAGGAACGUGUUGUCGAUGGGCUGACGAUCCUGUUUGUAUCGCCGAAACAAUCACUGAGUUAUCCAGCUGCGGAAUACCUUCGUGAACGGGUGAUGUCGUCGUGUGACGGCAGAACUAUUCCCGUGAUAGUGGAAGGUCGUCACGUGCUUAGAAUCGAUGCGACCGUCGCCAAGAACCUCGCUUUGCUUCUGACCGACUUGGAGGCGAGGGAUCAGAAGCUGGUCUUCUGGAAUUGGUGCGAGGAAGCCAAGAGAACUUUGAUAAGCUACGACGCCACCCUGACGAUGUCCUUCAGAAGUUCCGGCAGCAUAGCACAGAUAUUUUCAGGUAGACUCGCGUCGACCCAUGUUCCACGCGAGUGAAAUUUUCUGAAUCUAACGAAUGCGCGGGACACUUUCCUUGGAAUGUUCCCCGAUCGCGUGUCCACCACGACGAAAGAGUUCUCGAUCGCUUUUCGCUUUACAAACCGAUUCCUCGUCCCGACGGCAGAAAUCUCACGUUGGAACGUCGAACGUGUUUUAUUUAAACGACGGAACACGGUGCCUCGGUCAAGAUUACAGCCCUCCAUGGAGCCUUGGUCGCCUUCAAUUUGCCCUUCGAUGCGUCAAGAUCCAUUGAAAUUGCUCGAACACGGAGGCUGGGGGUAAGUGCUAUUUCAAGUGCAGCAUCUCGACCGAUCGUUUUACGAGGCGAUGGCUAAGAGAUCGUGUGCCUUUUAAUGCCUUUAUGGGGAGUUUAGCGGGAUAAAAACAACACGUUUUUUAUGUCUGUGAAGCAAGAGGAAGAGAUGAAUUUACCGACACGAAACGAUGAUGUUUUUUUCUUUUCACGUUGUGAAACGUUCGUGCAUAUUGUCAUAUUCUUUUGUAUAAAGUUUUUGUAACGAGAAUCCAAUUCAAAGUUUCAUUCGAGGAUCUGCACUGUCAAUUUAGCAAGUAUACAAUCAACGCAACUUUUAUAUUCACAUUGUUUUAUCUAAAAUCGGCUUCUUUCUUUUCUUUUUACGCCGCAAUGGCACAGAAUGGAAAAUUACAAUUCAUUUUAAAAUUUUAAAAUUUCGAGAAAGAAGGUAAUUAUUCCACGAGGAGAAAAAAAAAAUAGCAAAAGUUUACUCUGUGUUAGAUUUUAUAAAAUCCUAAUUUUUUAGUCAUUACUUUAAAUGGCACUCGUUUCAAAGAUAUUACACAUCUUUUGUUCUUAUCUUGCUAAUUUAACUUAAUUUUCUGCUUUAGACGGGAAAACGUGAGGUAUAAUCAUGUUUUUUAAAUUUACAAAUUGAUAUGAUCUUUUUCAAUUUCCCUCCGAUUAUUACGGAAUGAGCGUGAUCGCGUGUUGUUUUGCGUUCGGCGAUAAGUAAUGAUGGAUUUGAUAUUCGACGUAGAUUCUUUAAACUUUAACUAUCAUGGCUGAAAAUUUAUCGUCGCAUGUGUUUUUUUACAAUUAAACACUUGAUAAAGUUGAACAAAUUUAAUAAAAUGUUUUAUU